UGGGUGACAAUGACAGAAGAUUUACAAGAUUAUAUGAAAGUUUCAGAAAUACCUAAUAAUGUCUUACAAUACCUGCAAAAUUUUAUAGGCUAUAACAUCUUCGCAUUAUAAUAAUAUCUUUCUUACGCGUUUUCAUUAAAAUCAGCCAAAAUACUGCAGUUAAACGUCGACAAACUGGCCUGUUCCGAAGAGUGUAGGAAAAGAACCAUGGAGAAGGCCAGUUUAGAAACUGAAUCGGAAAAAUCCCCCAAACUUAGCAGAAAUACAGAUGAUGAAAGCGAGAAAGAAGGGUUACUAGAAGUUUGCGGCUGGACCCAAGAUGAGCGUCACGUGAAAGUGAAUAUUGACGUUGGGGCUGGUGUGGCGAGCGAAGAUGUUGAUGUCAUCAUCGAAACCAACCUGUGUCACGUCAAAUUAAAAGAUGGUCGCAAGUGGAGAUGUGAUUUGUUUGCUCCUAUACAGGAAGAGGGCAGCACCGUACAACAUGAAGGAUCCACUGUGAGAUUAACUCUUGUCAAGUUUGAACCGAAUGUACACUGGCAACAGUUACAGGAGAAACUGCCUGUCAUGGAAGCAGAAAAGGAGAAAGAAAGUGAGGCUACAGAUAAACCACCCAGAACCUACGCUAUUUCCCUCGCAAAACAUAAUUGGUAUGAGAAGGCCGGCUUUAUGGUAGUGAACGUCUACGUGAAAAGGACGAGAAAGGAUGUCGUCAAGAUCGAUUUCCAAGAGAGCUCCUUCCAAGUGAUAUUUGCCACGGC